CUUCCCUGAGGGUAAAGUUACAUAGUCUGGGGCCAGCGGAAGGGAAGGUUACAAGGUUUGCUGCUGCUUUCCUAGAAAGAGUUUCUGCAGACGUUCAGGCAGGGAGAAGGAAAAAGCAGCCAGCCAUGCAGAGGAUUUUGAUCAAAGGAGGGAAAGUUGUGAAUGACGACCACUCACAAGUGGCUGAUGUGUACAUUGAGAAUGGGGUCGUGCAGUCAGUGGGGCCGGAGCUGAAGCCAGGAUCCCCUACUGGGCUCCAGGUGGUGGAUGCUACCAACAAGCUUGUUCUGCCUGGAGGAAUUGACCCCCACACCCACUUGCAGUUCCCCUUCAUGGGAACUCAGUCUAAAGACGACUUCUAUCAAGGAACAAAGGCUGCCCUAGCAGGAGGAACCACAAUGAUCAUUGACUUUGCAGUUCCUCAGAAAGGCUGUUCUCUUAUUGAAGCCUAUGAGAAAUGGAGAGGCUGGGCUGACCCCAAAGUUUGCUGUGAUUACGCCUUGCACGUGGCAGUAACUUGGUGGAGUGACAAGGUAAAAGAAGAAAUGAAAAUUCUUGCCCAGGAGAAAGGUGUUAAUUCCUUUAAGGCCUUUAUGGCAUAUAAAGGCCUCUAUAUGAUUGGAGAUACAGAGUUACAUGCAGCCUUUUCUCAGUGCAAGCAAAUUGGUGCCAUUGCUCAAGUUCAUGCAGAGAAUGGAGAUUUGAUCGCAGAGGGUGCAAAGAAGAUGUUAGCCUUGGGGAUAACUGGCCCAGAGGGGCAUGAAAUGUGUCGGCCAGAAGAAGUGGAAGCUGAAGCCACACUGAGAGCAAUCACCAUUGCAAACUCUGUGAACUGCCCUCUUUAUAUAGUUCACGUGAUGAGCAAAUCUUCAGCCAAGGUGAUUGCUGAUGCACGGAGGGAAGGGAAAGUUGUGUAUGGGGAGCCCAUAGCUGCUGGUCUUGGCACAGAUGGAACUCACUACUGGCAUAAGGACUGGCCACAUGCUGCAGCCCACGUCAUGGGGCCUCCAUUGAGGCCAGAUCCUUCAACUCCAGAUUUUCUCAUGAACCUCCUAGCAAAUGGUGACCUGUCUGUGUCUGGGACAGAUAACUGCACCUUUGACAUCUGCCAAAAGGCUUUGGGGAAGGACAAUUUUACAAAGAUCCCAAAUGGGGUGAAUGGUGUGGAGGACAGGAUGUCAGUUAUAUGGGAAAAAGGCGUGCACAGUGGCAAAAUGGAUGAAAACAAAUUUGUGGCUGUUACCAGCACAAAUGCAGCUAAAAUCUUCAACCUGUACCCAAAGAAGGGGAGAAUCGCUGUGGGAUCUGAUGCAGACAUUGUUGUUUGGGACCCAAAGGCUACAAGGACCAUCUCGGCAAAGACCCAUCACCAGGCUAUUGACUUCAAUAUUUUUGAAGGCAUGGUCUGCCAUGGAGUACCGGUCAUGACCAUUUCACAAGGCAAAGUGGUUUAUGACAGAGGAGUCUUCCAUGUGGCAGCAGGACAGGGAAGAUAUGUUCCUCGUGCACCAUUUCCUGACUAUGUCUACAAGCGUAUCAGACAGCGGGAUCAGGUCUGUCAGCCUGUCCCUGUCCAGCGGGCUCCGUAUGCGGGCAAAGUGAUCUCACUUAUUUCAGCACAAAAAUAAAUCCCACACAACAGAUCCGCUUCUGCAGGGAAGGAGCAAGUUGUAGUCAGAUGCUCUACAAAAGAACAAAACCAAGGACAGUAGAGGAGUGACAAAUCUGUAAUAAUUCUUUCAAGCUCUUUAUGCUGUUGUCCUACUAGUGCUUCUCCUGCCAAAAAGCCAUUUGAAUGAUUAUAUCACAUCAUAGUCUCCUCUUUCCUCUGAAAAUUAUGUUUACCCUCCUUAUGUAAUCUAUUUUGCAGCCAUAUUAGCCUGCAGUUUUUAUGUCAACUUCUGAAGAAUCUUGAAAGACGUAUCCUUUUUAAAUUACAACUAUUGACUUAAUGAGUUAAUGACAUUUUACCUCUGCUUUCCACCUCCCUGGUGAAUGUGCCUUGUGAAAACCGAAUGAGAGAUUCACGGGAUGGUCCAGGUGCAGAGAACACUGUGUAAACAUUGGAAUCAUUUGUGGCAAUCACUGUGACUUAUAUAAGGACACAGGGAUCCAUUUCUGUAUUGCAUGUUAUGUUCAAGGCAUGCAAAAUGAAACAAGCUAUUGAACUAGUAACCUUAAAAGUGUUUCCCGGUGUGUAUUGUUGGGAUUUCAUUAAAGUGCUUAUGGGAUUGCG